GGGAGCUAUUGUACUGGUGGGUGCUGCUAUCCUUAUUACCACUAUGAUCAAGACAUUAAUGAAAGGUCAACGCUACAGGGCGUGGUAGUAGGAAAAAAAACCUACAAGUUUAGAGUAGCAAUACUGCUUUAUCCAUGCUAGCUAGAAUCAAAUUGUUUACAAUGAAACCAAGGAUUACAGAGGCAACAGCCCGAAGGCACAACGGCUACAUAAAUUUCCAAUGACUCAUUCCCAAGACUGACCUACACAGCCACACCCCAAGUACCCACACCCCUUUUCCUGUUCAGUGCUUGAAAAAAAAUUCAGGCAUCCGUUCCCUUUGGUUUAUAGGUAGCAAAUUCUAACAACCCCACACACCACACACUUAAACAAAGCUCCUUCCAUUUUCUAUCAUUUCACAGCUCCAAGGCACCAAGGAAAUUUAUUAUUCUUGUUAUACUGUGGUCCCAAGGAUCUGAAUUCUUAGAAGUUGCUCUUAAAGAAGUUCUUAUUCCAUGCCCCAAAUUCAGUUUAUUACAAUCUAUACAUUUUUAAAUUCUUUAUUACUUAGAAAAACAUCAUUAAUUUAUUUCCUGUGUGUGUGUGUGCAGGUCAGAGGACAAUUUGCUGGAACUGGUUCUGGGUCUAGAAUUCAGGUCCCAAGACUUGGUAGCAAGCGCCCUCAUAGCUAGCAUGUGCUCUGUCGCUGGCCCCAAGCUUCCUAUUUUUAUUUAGCUUUGAUUCUGGACUUGACCCUUCAACACUUUCAGUUUUUCUGUUCAAUAAGCACAGUUGAUCCUGUUAUGGACUCAUUUAGGACACAGAGACUCAACCAUAAACCUUGCUACCAUACAUCUGUUUUACACAAUCUCGUAAGGACUUUAGCUCUCACAGCACCAACCUAGGCACAGAGAUUUUGGUGCUUUGUCGACCUUUUGACGUAUAAAGGCAAACAGUUCUACUACCAGAGGUUUGGCAACCCAUCUUUUUAGACACAUUCUUGGAAAGCCUAGCAGAAUGUCAAAUGGUAAGACACUGUGAGGGUCUCCAAAAGACCCUCCCAGGAAGAGGAAAAGGAAAGUCAGAUUAAAAGUUACUCGUGCAAUAGUUUGUCCUGCUUUCUGCCUGUUAAACGGGAACUUUUAUUAAAUAUGGACUUUCCGAUUGUCCCUUCUCUCAAAGUGUUCUCACUGCUGGCUUUGGGUAGUUGACUGGGAUUUAAAACCGAAGGGUCUGUUACUGUCAUCUCUUUUCCCCACCAAACAAAGAACUAGUCACUGGCUGAGAGUGUGGGGACCCGCCAGAGUGGUCUCUCAGGAGGUCAAGCUGGCUGUCUAGUCCCACUUCUGGUGGCAGGAUCAGGCCCAAAGGCCAGAGGGCCGGACCGGGUUCGUAAGGCCCACGGAGGAAGAAGGCAGGGCGGCGGGAGCUGACAGAGUCAGGAAGGGACCCGCUACGGCGUGCGUGGGUGCGUGCGGGAUGGCAGGGCCCUCUCCCUAGGCAGUUCAACGGCAGAACCGUCUCCACCCAAGCGGAGGAGAGAGAGCAGUGCUCGCAGCUCCGGACCAGUCCCAACUUGGCCGCAUCACGUGACCUAGCUCAGGGGCGGGGGCAAGCGGCCCGCCCGGCCCCGCCCACCCCGCGCGCAUGCGUGUCGUCCGGGGCGCUGAAAUUCAAAUUUUGAACGGCCGUGGUAGCCUACCGACUCCGUGGGUGCGGAGGGCAGAGCCGACUGGGUGUGAGAGCGCCCGCCGCCUCGACUGCAGUCCUCCUCCAGGAGCUGCGCCGAGCCUGCACUCACUUCUUUCCUCUUCCUGAGUUUGAACCGUCGGACCCACCGUCUAGCCGUCCACUGGUGAGGCCUGGGGCGAUGGACCCGUUUACCGAGAAGUUGCUAGAACGAACUCGUGCCAGACGAGAGAAUCUUCAGAGAAAAAUGGCUGAGAGGCCUACGGCAGUAGCGAGAUCUGCCCCGCAUGCGAAGAGAGGCAGAGAGCCACUUUCAGAAGCAAGUAAUCAGCAGCAGCCCCUACCAGGGGGCGAAGAAAAAUCUUGUACAAAACCAUCACCAUCAAAAAAACGUUGUUCUGACAAAAUUGAAGUGGGAGCUCCGGACUUAGAAAAUACAGAACCUAUUGAUGUUGCAAAGCCCUGUUCUCCGAUGCCUGCACCCCGGCAGGCGAAGCCCCCAGCACCAGCUGCCAUCAGCGAGUCUGUGGCUGCCCCAGCAGCCCUGCUCAGCGCGGACAGAGGGCUGAACUCAGGAUCCGAAGCAUCUGCAACCUCCUCAGUUAAAACUCGAAUGCAAAGGCUUGCUGAGCAGCGGCGCCAUUGGGAUAGUGAUCUCACAGAUGAUGUAUCAGAAAGUUCAUACUUUGCACCAGUGCCAACUGAGGACAAGGCUGCCUCACCUUCUAAGCCACCCAUUUCAAAUGCCUCAGCUACUCCAGUUGGGAGAAGGGGCCGUCUGGCCAACCUUGCUGCAACGAUUUGCUCCUGGGAAGAUGAUGUAAGCCACUCAUCUGCAAAGCAAAAUAGUGUGCAAGAACAGCCUGGUACCGCUUGUUUAUCCAAAUCUUCCUCUGCAAGUGGAGCAUCUGCUAGCAUCAAUAGCAGCAGUGUUCAGCAGGAAGCUACAUGCUGUUCCCCAAGGGACGGCAAUGCCUCUGUCAGGAAAGACCCAUCUUCAAAUGCUGCCCAUGGACCUUUGCUUAGCGCCUCAGUGUCCAGCUCUGUGAAAGCGUCUUCCCCUGUGACAGCUGCUACCUUCAUCACUGAAAACCGUGAGGCACAAAAUCCUGAGCUACUUCACAAAACUGCUAGUCCUCUGAAAACAGAGGCGCGGAAACCAUGUGAGAAGCCAACUUUGUCCCAGGGAGCUCAGCCCAAAGAGGAGGCUAACAGAGAAGUUUGUCUACAGUCACAAUCCAAGGACAAACUUGCAACACCAGGAGGAAGAGGAAUUAAGCCUUUCCUGGAACGCUUUGGAGAGCGUUGUCAAGAACACAGUAAAGAAAGUCCGUCUUAUAGAGCAUCUCAUAAAACCCCAAAUAUCACUCCAAAUACAAAAGCCAUCCAGGAAAGAUUAUUCAAACAAAACACAUGCUCGUCUACUACCCAUUUAGCACAGCAGCUCAAACAGGAACGUGAAAAAGAACUGGCAUGUCUUCGUGGUCGACUUGACAAGGGCAAUUUAUGGAGUGCAGAAAAGAAUGAAAAGUCAAGAAGCAAGCAUCUAGAAACCAAACAGGAAGUUCACUGUCAGAACACUCCACUCAAGAAACAUCAAACUGUCGCAAGCACCCCAUUGACUUCUGUAACAGAUAAGGUGGCUGAAAAUGAACCAGCAGUGAAGCUUUCUAGCACAGAGCCUGCAGGUUCCACUGAAAGCGAAAUGACAAAGUCCAGCCCUUUGAAAAUCACGUUGUUUUUAGAAGAAGAAAAAUCCUUAAAAGUAGCAUCAGACCUGGAGGUUGAGCAGAACACUGAAGCAGUGCGUGAGGUUGAGAUGAGUGUGGACGAUGAGGACAUCAAUAGCUCCAGAGUCAUUAACGACAUCUUCAGUGACGUCCUAGAGGAAGGGGAGCUGGAUGUGGAAAAGAGCCAAGAGGAGAUGGACCAAGUGGGAGCAGAAAACAGUGAGGAGCAGGAAGAUGCGCUCAAUAUCUCUUCAAUGUCUUUACUUGCUCCGCUAGCUCAGACGGUCGGUGUGGUGAGCCUAGAGAAUGUAAUUUCUUCACCUCCGUCGGAAUUGAGAGACUCUAACCUAAGCGCUGCAAGUCCUAAGCCCGGGAAAUUCCAGAGAACCCGCGUCCCUCGCGCCGAAUCUGCCGAUAGCCUCGGUUCUGAGGACCGGGACCUUCUCUAUAGCAUUGAUGCAUAUAGGUCUCAAAGAUUCAAAGAAACAGAACGCCCUUCCAUAAAGCAAGUGAUUGUUCGAAAGGAAGAUGUUACUUCAAAGUUGGGUGAAAAGAAAAACGUAUUUUCUGGUCAAGUUAAUAUCAAACAAAAAAUGCAGGAGCUCAAUAAUGACAUAAAUUUGCAGCAGACAGUGAUCUAUCAGGCCAGUCAGGCUCUCAACUGCUGUGUGGAUGAAGAACACGGGAAAGGAUCCUUGGAAGAAGCUGAAGCAGAAAGACUUCUUCUGAUUGCAACUGAGAAAAGAGCACUUCUGAUUGAUGAGCUGAAUAAGCUGAAGAGUGAAGGACCUCAGAGGAGAAACAAGACCAGUGUCAUAUCCCAGAGUGAAUUUGCUCCAUCUAAAGGGUCAGUCACUCUGUCAGAAAUCUGCUUGCCUCUGAAGGCAGAUUUUGUCUGCAGCACUGCGCAAAAAACAGAUGCAUCAAAUUAUUACUACUUAAUUAUGCUAAAAGCUGGGGCUGAGCAGAUGGUCGCCACUCCAUUAGCAAGUACUGCAAACUCUCUCAGUGGUGACGCUCUGACAUUUCCUACUACAUUUACUCUGCAUGAUGUUUCCAAUGACUUUGAAAUAAACAUUGAAGUUUACAGCCUGGUACAAAAGAAAGAUUCCUUGGGCCCCGAUAAGAAGAAGAAAGCCUCCAAGUCCAAGGCUAUUACUCCAAAGAGACUCCUCACAUCUAUAACUUCAAAAAGCAGCCUUCAUUCUUCAGUUAUGGCCAGUCCCGGAGGUCUCGGUGCUGUGCGUACCAGCAACUUUACCCUAGUUGGAUCUCACACACUCUCCUUAUCUUCUGUUGGAGACACUAAGUUUGCUUUGGACAAGAUAAAUUUUGAUGUAAGAGAACAGGAGCUACUGGGCUAUUUGUUCCAGGAAAAGGGGUCCUCAACACGUGGGCUUGUCACUUUGGGGGAUGAAGAACCCUUUCUCAGGGGUAGUGAGAGAGGAGGCAGGAGCAUGCUCAGAUUGAUCCCGCACAGGAUUACACCUGCUUCUUUCUCUUACACUUGAAAUAGAAGUGGUAGGUUUCUUCCAACAUUUUAUUGUGGAAAAUGGCAGCUGUCUAAAAAUAUUGCCAUCAUUUACAAAGCAUAUGCACUGGCUUUCUCAGUUCUGUCAUUACUCUAGUAUGUUUGUUCAUAAGACAGAGUCUCUCUUACUUAGCUCUAGCCAUUCUAGAACUCCCUAUGUAGCUCUGGCUGACCUUGAUCACCUGCCUUCCAAUUAAAGCAUGAGGCAGCAUGCCCAGCUUGAUCUAGAAAUUCUUCAAUGCAUUUUUGAUAGAGACAAUCAACCUUUUAUUACCUAACUGAAAGAUACGAUAAAAUCAUGCAAAUAUAUUUUCACUUAAAAAUAUCAUAGCAGCCGGGCGGUGGUGGCAC